AUGUCCUGCAGUGCUUUUGUUCAAAAACGACUGCUUUCCCUUUCCUCCUUCUCCGCAACCUCAUUCCCGAUAAACAUCACCGAACUCAACUGUCCGAGACCAUUGAUCUGGUACACCGAAUCCGACAUCACUUCCGACAUGUACUGCAUAGAUCGAUGCUGUUUAUCCUGUCCCUACACCAACAACUUCUAUCCCGAAGGCUCAUUAGACAACACGUUCAAGACUUUUGCCGUGUUCGGAAUUAUCAGUUUCUUCUUGAUGCUUAUGUUGGCGUUGUUGUUUUUGCUUUUGCCCAGUCAGAGGAAUAAUCAGACCACCAAAUUAAUCUUGCUACCGCUUGCUAUAAGUGUUUGUUUGUUCAAUGCAUCGGAAUUUUUUACCAUACAACAGCGGAAGAGUCAAUGCAUAAGUCCCGUCUUAAGGGCCAACACGCAUGACAACUAUAAUUGUGCAGCACAAGCAUUUUUCACAAUCGGGGGCGCGUACGCCAUUGCUUUCUGGGCGGCGUUACUAAUGCUGCAUUUACACAUGAUCUCAGUCUGGCGCUCCGAUUUCAUCAUCCACAAUAUCCUCUAUAUUAACAUAUUUGUUUGGAGCAUCUCCGUGUUGGUCGCCAUAAUACCCCUGGUGGUUAACCGAGUGGAAGCUGGAAACAUUUGUUUCAUUACCCUCAAUGAUUCCUCCUUAUAUUAUUGUUUCAUGUCUUUUAUUUAUGUCGCGUUCCUUGCUCACCUGAUGACCUUUGUCUAUAUGACUAAGGUGUCCAUUAAAGCCAACUGGAGAUUCUCAUCGGGCUCGGUGGUCAACAAACGUAUCUCAUUCGUGGAAGCUCAGCGCACGUUUAGCCAUGUAAAAACGGUGUUCACUCUCCAGUGGCGUGCAAUGUUGGGUGCAAUUUUGAUAAACCUUACACCAUCGGCUUCGAUUGAGCAAGGUGAAAAGUUUGGAAGGAUGAAUAGCAAUUCGAAGAGAAGCGGCGUUAACAUUAGAACACAUUCCACCAACAAAGCAUCGUCCUCGAGAUCAGAAGGUAUGGCAACCCAUACUACGAAUAGACCGAGUUCAAGCGACUCAUCGACUUCCCAAAAGUACACGGCUCCCACAACAGGAGGCACCGCAUCUUCCUCCUACGAGUCGGGAGGAGUUCUGUCCAAUUUGCCACCGUCGAUCCCCACGAGAAAUUCAUUGGGAAUCUUCCAAACUUCCGAUACAUUUGCCAAUAGCAGAAGGCAAUCUUUAAGACACAUAACGUUCGAAGAUGAUAAGCGAACCUCGUUCGCUUCUUUUCAUUCGGUCAGUGCACUGGAAGGAGCGGAUGCUGCUGCGUUGAAUAACAGGAUAAUAAUUUUCAAUCUAGCAAACCAACGAAAGAAACGACAAUCCCGGGAAUUGGCGAAAAAAAUUGCGAGAGAUAGUAUUACCGAGGUUUCAGAGGGUGAGACUUCUUCGGAUGGGAAUCAAGAGGACCAUCGGUCGAAGGGAAUGAACAUGCAGGCGAGAUUUAUCGAUUUGCGGGUAGUAAAUGGUGAACAUGAUAAAGCUGAGGAAAGUGAUGUUGAAUUUACGGCAAAAAGAAAAACAUUUGAAGACGAGGAACCCGAGAAAAAGAGGACAUCUAAUAAGAAUGAUGGUGGAGAUGGUGGCGAGAUGUAG